AUGUUGUCUCUUUCGCUGCCAAGGAAGAACAUACUUGGGUUCUUCACGGUGAACAUCUUGAGCCGAUGCAGGAUCUUACCCAGAAGAAGCCAUACGACUUCUCUUCCCCGAAUUAUCUCCGCAUGCACCAGUUACGAGCAGGAGGAUUCAUUACAGGAACCAUAUAACGAUGAGUUCUCGAAUUGUAACGUGGCCGUUCAAGCUUCGGACUUUAUUGAAUUCUUGCAGUUUUGUGCGAGCAACAGAGAUGUUCUGGGAUCAAAAACUUUCCACGGGAAGAUUAUUCGUCUUGAGUUGCAGAGGGAUGUCACUCUGUCGAAUGUUCUUAUCAAUUCUUAUUCAAAGUGUGGAUUUGUGGAGCUCGCCCGCCAAGUGUUCGAUGGAAUGCAUGAGAGAAGCUUGGUUUCUUGGAACACCAUGAUUGGUUUGUAUACCCGGAACAGAAUUGAGUCACAAGCACUGGAUAUUUUUCUGGAGAUGCGAAACGAAGGGGUUAAGUUUAGCGAGUUCACUAUAUCGAGUGUUCUUACUGCUUGUGGGGCUGACUGCAAUGCCUCGGAAUGCAAAAAAAUGCACUGUUUGUCACUUAAAGCCUGCCUCGACUUAAAUUUGUAUGUUGCCACUGCUUUGCUUGAUCUUUAUGCAAAGUGCGGGCUGAUCAAGGACGCAGUGCAGGUUUUCGAGUCUAUGCAGGACAAAAGCUCAGUUACAUGGAGUUCUAUGAUAGCAGGUUAUGUUCAGAACAAGAAUUACGAAGAGGCUCUCCUUCUUUACCGCCAGACUCAGAGUAUGAGUCUAGAGCAGAAUCAGUUUACUUUAUCUUCAGUAAUUUGCGCUUGCUCAAAUCUGGCUUCUUUAAUAGAAGGGAAACAGGUGCAUGCUGUUAUACGCAAGUCGGGGUUUGGUUCUAAUGUCUUUGUGGCAUCCUCUGCUGUCGAUAUGUAUGCUAAAUGCGGAAGCUUGAGAGAGUCUUACAUUAUCUUCUCGGAAGUGGAAGAGAAGAAUAUUGAGCUUUGGAAUACGAUCAUCUCGGGGUUUGCAAAGCAUGCUCGCCCAAAGGAAGUGAUGAUCUUGUUUGAGAAAAUGCAGCAAGAUAGAAUGCACCCAAAUGAGGUUACUUUUAGUUCCUUGUUAUCGGUUUGUGCCCAUACGGGUUUGGUCGAGGAAGGAAGGAGGUUUUUCAAACUCAUGAGAACCAAGUACGGUCUGUCACCAAAUGUAGUUCAUUACUCUUGUAUGGUUGAUAUUCUUGGUCGUGCUGGACUACUGUCUGAAGCUUACAAGUUGAUAAAGUCUAUUCCUUUUGAUCCUACUGCUUCCAUUUGGGGUUCCCUUCUUGCUUCUUGUCGAGUCUACAAAAAUCUCGAGCUGGCAGAGGUUGCAGCUAAGAAGCUAUUUGAAUUGGAACCAGAAAAUGCCGGUAAUCACGUCUUACUAUCCAACAUAUACGCGGCAAACAGACAGUGGGAGGAAAUCGCCAAAUCAAGGAAGUUUCUCAGGGACUCCGAGGUGAAGAAAGUGAGAGGAAAAAGUUGGAUUGAAAUUAAGGACAAAGUACACAUCUUUAGUGUUGGAGAAAGCGGUCAUCCGAGAAUACAUGAGGUGUGUUUGAUGCUAGAAAAUCUGGUAGUCGAAUUGAGGAGGUUUGGAUAUAAACCUAGCAUAGAACACGAGCUGCAUGACGUGGAGGAAGGGAGGAAAGAGGAACUUCUGAUGCAGCACAGUGAGAAGCUGGCUUUGGUUUGUCUAAUGUCUUUGCCAGAGGGUUCUAGUGUUAGGAUCAUGAAGAACCUGAGGAUAUGUGUGGAUUGCCAUGAGUUCAUGAAGGCUGCAUCGAUGGCUACACGAAGAUAUAUCAUUGUUAGAGAUGUUAAUAGGUUUCACCAUUUCAGUAAUGGUCAUUGUUCUUGUGGAGAAUUUUGGUGACAUAUUUUGUUUGACACAAAAAAAUAUUUAUUUUCACCGAAAUCAUCAAAAUAUUGUAAACUUGAUUGAAGAUGUGCUGCAGUGGAUGUUGAUUGGUUUAUAUGUAACCAAAA